AUGACGAAAACGGCUGCCACAUCUCUACUUCCACUGCUUUAUGCAAGUGGAGUUUGCGCUCAAUACGUUCCCGUGCCAUGGGCAUACACACAGGAUGAACCCCCCGCAAAGGUCACCAUAGAUGCUGCUGUCCGGCAUCAAACGAUGAUCGGAGGUGGCUGCUCAGGAGCCUUUGGCGUUGCCUGUGAUCAGACCGGAUCCCAAGGACUCUCGCCCUCGAACCAACAACUUGUCAGCGACUAUCUUUUCAAUGAAAACAUUGGAGGUCUUUCCGUUCUACGCAACCGAGUGGGAUCCAGUCCUACCGAUGGUAUCCUUGGUAGCUGUCCGCCGACCCCUUCAGCGCCUGCCAACUAUUCAGGCCUAGGAACGAACGAUUCCACAGCUGACAGCUGCCAACUCAAGCUCACACAACAAGCUUUGAACGCCAAUCCGGAUCUCUUUAUAUACGCUGACGCUUGGUCCGCUCCAGGUUGUUUUAAGACUGAUGCCACUGACAUCAACGGCGGAUUAAUCUGCGGUGUGCGCGGAACAAACUGUACAUAUGACUGGAGACAGGCAUAUGCUGACUACCUCGUCGAGUACGUCAGGCUCUAUGAGGAGAAGGGCAUUAAUGUUAGCUUGAUUGGUGCCUACAACGAACCGGACUUCAACCCCGUCACCUACGCUAGCAUGGAUUCCGACGGCUACCAAGCUGCAGACUUCCUAGAAAUACUCUACCCGACGGUCAAGAAGUAUCGAGAAGACUUGCAGGUCUCCUGCUGCGAUGCUACCGGUGCUCGUCAAGAACGCAAUCUCCUCUACGAGCUGGAUCAAGCUGGUGGCGGCAAGAUGUACGAUAUAGCGACAUGGCACAACUACCAAAGCAUGCCGGAGCGCCCCUUCAAUACGCAAGGCCAGCCGAACAUGGAGACCGAGUGGUCGGACGGCAGUGGUUCCUUCAAUACGACCUGGGAUACGACGGGCCAGCUUGCAGAGGGUCUACAAUGGGCCAUCUACAUGCACCAAGCUUUUGUCUAUAGCGACACUUCCGGAUAUCUCCACUGGUGGUGCGCGCAAGACAACCCGGGAAAUACUACAGGUAGCGAUGCCAUUCUCGUCCGCCUGGACGGUGAUACCUUUGAAGUAUCUCGCCGUCUCUGGGCCUUCGCCGGCUACUUCCGUUUCGCACGCCCAGGAUCGGUUCGAAUCGAUGCGAUCAGCCCUGCGGAAAAUCUCAAAGUAACGGCAUUCGAGAACACGAACGGUACGCUGGCUAUCCCUGUUAUUAAUGAGGCGCACUUUGAGAGGCAGGUAGAGGUAAGUAUCAAGGGAUGUGAACUGGCUCUGGGUAUUGCGACUGCGUACUUGGCAGACAAUGAGCACAACAAUACGAUGGUUGGGACGUAUGGAGUUAAUGGGUCAGUGUUCUUGGCCAGUGUGCCGCCGAGGAGUAUGACUACUUUCUUCUUGGAGUGA